AUGGCAAAGCAGGUACCCAAACAAACUCAUGGGUCCCCGAAGUUUUCCCCCCCUCCUCUUGGAUCUGCGUUCCCCUCCCUUUUUAUUCUCUUCUCUUCCCUCUUUUCCUUUUCUAUCCCCCAUCCUUCUCCCUUUUUCUUGUCAUUAAUUCACACAUACAAAAUGGCUGCCCCCGCCCACAACUUCAAGGUCGCUGACAUCUCCCUGGCUGCCUUCGGUCGCCGGGAGAUCGAGCUCUCCGAGGUUGAGAUGCCCGGUCUCAUGGCCAUCCGUGAGAAGUACGGCGCUGACCAGCCCCUGGCUGGUGCCCGUAUCGCCGGUUGUCUCCACAUGACCAUCCAGACUGCCGUCCUCAUCGAGACCCUCACCGCUCUCGGUGCUGAGGUCACCUGGACUUCCUGCAACAUCUUCUCCACCCAGGACCACGCCGCUGCCGCCAUUGCUGCUGCCGGUGUUCCCGUUUUCGCCUGGAAGGGUGAGACCGAGGAGGAGUACGAGUGGUGUCUCGAGCAGCAGCUCAAGGCCUUCAAGGAUGGCAAGAAGCUCAACCUCAUCCUCGAUGACGGUGGUGACCUCACCUCCCUCGUCCACAAGAAGUUCCCCGAGAUGCUCGAGGGCUGCUUCGGUGUCUCCGAGGAGACCACCACCGGUGUCCACCACCUGUACCGCAUGCUGAAGGAGGGCACCCUCAAGGUCCCUGCCAUCAACGUCAACGACUGUGUCACCAAGUCCAAGUUCGACAACCUUUACGGCUGCCGUGAGUCCCUCAUCGACGGUAUCAAGCGUGCCACCGAUGUUAUGAUCGCCGGUAAGAUCGGUGUCGUCGCCGGUUACGGUGAUGUCGGUAAGGGUUGCGCCCAGGCCCUGCACUCCAUGGGUGCCCGUGUCCUCGUCACUGAGAUCGACCCCAUCAACGCCCUCCAGGCCGCUGUCCAGGGUUUCGAGGUUGUCACUAUGGAUGAGGCUGCUGCCAUCGGUCAGAUCUUCGUCACCACCACCGGUUGCCGUGACAUCUUGGUUGGCCGCCACUUCGAGGCUAUGCGCAACGACGCCAUCGUUUGCAACAUUGGUCACUUCGAUAUUGAGAUCGACGUUGCCUGGUUGAAGGCCAACGCUCAGUCCGUCCAGAACAUCAAGCCCCAGGUCGACCGUUACCUCCUCAACGGCAAGCACAUCAUCCUCCUCGCUGAGGGUCGUCUUGUUAACCUCGGCUGUGCCACUGGCCACUCUUCCUUCGUCAUGUCCUGCUCCUUCUCCAACCAGGUCCUUGCCCAGAUCGCUCUGUACAAGGCUGAGGAUGCCGUUUUCGGUGACAAGUACAUUGAGUUUGGCAGCUCUGGCCGCAAGCCCGUUGGUGUCUACGUCCUCCCCAAGCAGCUCGAUGAGCAGGUCGCUCGCUGCCACUUGGCCCACGUCAACGUCAAGCUGACUGAGCUUACCCCCGUCCAGGCUGAGUACCUCGGUCUCGAGGUCGCUGGCCCCUUCAAGGCCGAGAUCUACCGCUACUAA